GGUUGUUCGUAGCUACGUUUGGGUGCUGCCGUGAAGCGGUUGGUCUGUAGGCCUUGGUGAUCCGCUUCAUGGUAGUGUGCCCUCAAUUACAACGUCUGAUUCUGACAGCGAGACUUCGGUCAGCUACAACACGAUGUACACUGAACUAAAAGCGCGACUCAUCGCACUUAAGGAAGAUAAAGAUGUCAAGGCUGCGCAGGAGCGUCGUGCCGCUGACCCGGGCGUAAUUUUGAACAAGCAGCAGCUGGCUGCCAUGGACCAGCUGAACGCCGUGAAGCUGCAGCUGACAACCAUUAAGAAGCUGAUGGACACGAAGCCUGACGUGCAGGCGGUCGACGGUCCACCGGUGAAGUGGGCCCGUGUCGCCCUUGAGGAUUUCAAAUGUGACUUCGGCGCCAGCGAGGGCAAAGCGAACAAGUCUCUCAGUGGACAGCGCGCACAUAUCGAGAAAUGCUACAAUGCGGUAAUGGACAUUGAGGACGCGUGGUGCAACGUCCUCGCGGCUCGGCCCGGUGAGGAACGCUUCAGGAACAUCGAGGCCAUGGAGACUGCCAUCACCGACGGCAAGGCCGUGUUCCGGGGGGUCGUGAAGGAGCUGGUCGUUGCAUACAACCACGGCUGGGAAGUCGUGCAUGAGAUGCAUGGCAUGGUGUACACGGAGACGGAGGAGGAGUGCAAGGCGCUGAAGCAGGCCGUGAAGGUGGUGGCGGGCAAGAAGCCCAAGCAGGCCAAACCCGCGAGCGUGCUGGCCGGCUCUGGUGUGGGGGCCGGGGUGAAGCCGGCGGCGGCGGCGGUUGUCUGUUUCAAGUGCAAUAAGCCUGGGCACUUCGCCAAAGAGUGCAAGGAGAAGUAACGGGGUGUAGUGUGGUGCGGGUAUG